CUAAUCUACAGAAUCCAUGCAACGUUUGCCAGCCACCUUGUACCGUAAAAUGGCUCGUCCAUCAUGUGACGUGUUCAUAAAUCAUCGAGGAAUCGAUACGAAGAGGAACAUUGCUGGAUUGCUUUACGAUCGAUUAACGAAGAUGGGAGUGAGAUCCUUUUUGGAUAGUAAAAAUAUGAAACCUGGAGAUAGGUUGUUUGAUCAUAUUGAUAGAGGAAUUCUUGGUUGCAAAGUUGGUGUAGCUGUGCUUUCUCCAACUUAUUGUGACUCUUAUUUUUGUCUUCACGAGCUUGCUCUUCUCAUGGAAUCUAAGAAAAGGGUUGUUCCAAUAUUUUAUGAUGUUAAGCCUUCUCAGCUUCUUAUUAAGGAUAAUGGUACUUGUCCUGUUAAAGAGCUUCGAAGGUUUACUGCUGCAUUAGAACAAGCUAAAUUCACUGUCGGAUUAACCUUUGAUUCUUCCAAUAGGGACUGGUCGGUGCUAUUAAAAGAUGCUUCAGAUGCAGUGAUCAUGAACUUGUUGGAGGUAGAGGAAGAGCAUAAGCAGCUCAUGAAGAUGAAACAAUGAAUGUACCUCAUCACAGUUUUUUAGUUCAUCAAUUACAAUUUGUUUGAUUGUAUUAUUCUU